AUGAACACAACCACUCUAAGAGACAGGACUAUCAGCUACAGAGACCAGAGUAGUGUAAUUGUCCGUAGAGACAAAGUGAUGCUUGAAGCAAUGAUAUUCAAGCAUCCAAAGUACAGACAUGGCAAUAUUGGAGGAGCCUGGGAUGAGAUUGUCCAAAAAGUCAACGCCAUCGAAUUUGAUGAUGGGAAAGUGGGUCUUUCAACUAUAAAAGAUCAGUACAGGGCAAGAAAAAACCAAGAAAGACAAAUGACAGAUACAAAUGAGAGACAUAUCAAAGUUGAUAACCUUCUUUAUCAGCUUAUUAGUUUGAGGGCCAGACAUGAAUAUAUCAGGCCUGCGUACCAGCAGAGACAGCAGGCCGCUGAUCCUGGAGAAGGCUUCUCUACAUUUUGGCUGGAACAGACUUUUGUUUGCAUGAACAGUGUUAUGCAUGUGUUGAAAGGAUUCCAUGGUAACCUCUUCAAUAUUGUGGACAGAGUUGGGGACAAUGAUGUUCUUCUUGUCAUUGAAAGAUUGGAGCAAAAGUUUAAUGAAAGAAUGACACGUCUGGAGGAAGACUUGGUGACAAGUCAAUUGCGAAUUGAAGAAUCAAUCAUAAGACUUUUCUCUCAAUAA